GGGCCAGAGCAGCGCCGGCACGGACGGACAGACACCGCUGAGGCCACCACUGAGGCCACCACUGAGGCCACCACAGCCGCUGCCCAGCCCACAGCUCCGACCCCACAGGGAGAUGCUGCCAGCCACAUCCAAGCUCUGCGCUGCCAUCUCCUACCACCACCUGCGCAACAUGACCGGUCUGAGGAGACAAGCUGCUGUGGCCAUCAGCCAGGAGCUGAGCAGGCUGGCCAGCCGCAGCCCGGGACCCGGCACCUGGAUCCACCAGGUGCGCAGGAGAAGCUCCUUGCUCAGCUCGAGGCUGGAGGAGAAACCCUUCAGCGAGAUGGAAAUGUCUUACAUCAAGCAAGGGGAGGAAGCGCUGCAGAAAUCGCUCAGAAUCCUUGAGGACCAGGACGACUGGAAGACGGAGACGGUGGCGGGCAAUGGAGAUAAAGUGCUGAGCAAGGUGCUGCCGGAUGUGGGGAAGGUGUUCCGGCUGGAGGUGGUGGUGGACCAGCCCCUGGACACUGUGUAUGGAGAGCUGGUGGACAACAUGGAGCAGAUGGGAGACUGGAACCCCAACGUCAAAGAAGUCAGGAUUCUGGAGAAGAUUGGGAAGGACACGGUGAUCACCCAUGAGAAGGCGGCCGCGACCCCUGGGAACAUCGUUGGGCCUCGGGACUUCGUGAGCGUCCGGUGCUCCAAGAGACGCGGCUCCACUUGUGUCCUGGCUGGGAUGUCCACGACCUACGGGGCCAUGCCCGAGCAGGAGGGGUUCAUAAGGGCUGAGAAUGGUCCCACCUGCAUGGUCCUGCGGCCACUGCCCGGCAGCCCCUCCCAGACCAGGCUCACCUGGCUGCUGAGCAUCGACCUCAAGGGCUGGCUGCCCAAGACCAUCAUCAACCAGGUCCUGUCCCAGACACAGGUGGACUUCGCCAAACACCUCCGGCAGCGCCUGGCCCAGCCGGUGCCUGUGACCUGCUGACCACCCCGUGCAGGGCUUCCCUCAGGGGCAAAGUACGGAACCCUGUCACUCCAAUUCACCUUGAACAGCAGACUCCACUAAUUAAUGCACAGUUACAAACAGUAAAUAUAAAGGUUUAUUUAUUGAAGCUCAUUGUGUAAGUGCAGGACAAAUUUAAUUCCUGCAGUCGCUUAACUGAGCAUGUGCUGGCCCAGUCAAGCCAACUCCACCCUCCCUAAUUACUUUCAACGAAUAAAUAAAGCUAUAAUUAGUGCUGUCUACA